CAUGUGACUAAAGUCUGACGUGACACAAUAGUGUAAUGAAAAGUGUUGUCAUUGUGAAGUUCUUGUGAACAAGUCGGGAUGAUGGGGUUGACGAAAACAAGCGCUUGCAGCGUUGUGUUGCUACUUGUCGUGGCAAUUGAUACAGGGUUCUCGAAUCCCCUAAAAUCAAAAGAAUCCUGGGGCUAUGUUGACGUCCGCGAGGGGGCACAUAUGUUCUGGUGGCUUUACUAUGCAGACAGCCCGUCCGCCAGCUACUCCCAGCUGCCUCUCAUGAUGUGGCUGCAGGGAGGCCCGGGAGGAUCAGGCUGUGGCUUUGGGAACUUUGAAGAGAUCGGACCCCUGGACAGAGACCUUGAGGCUAGGAAAAACUCCUGGGUUCAGUACUCCAGUGUAUUGUUUGUUGAUAACCCGGUAGGAACAGGCUUCAGCUACACGGACUCAGACGAGGCCUUCGCUACUGACGUGGCGACGGUCGCCUCCGACAUGCUGGUUCUGCUCAAACAGUUCUUCAACAAGGAGGAAGAGUUCCAGAGCGUGCCCUUCUACAUAUUCUCAGAGUCCUAUGGAGGGAAGAUGGCUGCCGCGAUCUCACUGGAACUCACUAAGGCCGUAGAAAAAGGAACCCUAAAAUGUAACUUUGCUGGAGUGGCUCUGGGAGACUCUUGGAUCUCUCCACUGGACUCUGUUAUGACCUGGGGUCCUUAUCUGUACACCAUGUCCCUGCUAGAUGACUACGGCCUGCGGGAGGUGACCAGUGCAGCGGAGGCGGUGAAGCAGGCGGUGGAUCAGGGGCAGUACCUGAAGGCCACAGAGCUCUGGUCUGUCACUGAGAGUGUCGUGGAACAGAACACAAACGGAGUCAACUUCUACAACAUCCUCACCCAGGAACCUGAUGAGAAGAUGUCCUCCGUGGCUGGAGAAGGAUACCUCUCCCUGCUGAUGCGGCACCACAUUAGCCCCCUCCACCGCCAAUCACUGAGCCAGUUGAUGAACGGGCCAAUCAGGAAGAAGCUGGGAAUCAUCCCUCAGAACGUCACCUGGGGAGGUCAGGCUGAGGCAGUGUUCAGCAGCAUGUCAGGUGACUUCAUGAAGCCAGUGGUGGACGUGGUGGAUCAGCUGUUGGAUGCUGGGGUCAACGUCACCGUCUACAACGGUCAGCUCGACCUCAUAGUGGACACCAUGGGCCAGGAGCAAUGGGUGAAGCAGCUGAAGUGGGUGGGGCUCCAGGGCUUCAACCAAAUGAAAUGGACUGCCCUUGAUGACCCCGCCUUCCCGGGUGUGACCGGCGCCUUCUACAAGACCUACAAGAACUUCUCCUUCUACUGGAUCCUCAAGGCUGGUCACAUGAUCCCUUCGGACCAGGGACCCAUGGCACUGCAGAUGCUGAAAAUGAUCACACAGCAGGACUGACACACACUUGCACUUAAUAACACGCACACGCACAGCGCACACGCUAGAGCUGGACGAUAUGGAGACAAACAAAUCCAGAUUGUGAUUCAUUUACUUUUACUUUUUUUUUUGCAAUAUUGUUAAAUCGGCUAUCAGUUAUUUUGGGGGGAGGUGUGCUAAAGCUUGGCAACAUGGACACAAAGUCCUAUUGUGAUAAAACACACAUUUUAUAGUUACAUUUUUGGUUAGUUACUUUACAUUAGCUAAGAGCGUCUUCUGUAAGAUAAGAGCGUCUGCUAAUUGACACAUUUUUAAAUGUAAAUUAGCGUCAGAGCUCUAGACGUGUGUUUCCAGGGCCAGGUAAGACAACUGAGAUGGUAGACUAUGAUUCAAAAAGUAAGAUAUUCCAUCCAACAUAUCCAGGGAAGGCUUGGUUGAUGUGCAACCUGUCAAAAGGAUCCACAAUGAUCACACAUAUUUUUGGCCUCUUCAGAGAAUUGGCUGACAUCUUUGUGCAUAUUGGCCUGUAGACUAUAUGAUUCACCACCUGAGGAAGGGGGACCUCAAAACACUAAGCUAGAUUACUAACUGUAGACAUAUUGUUGCUAGGUAACCAUGUAGGCUAAUUGAUUAAUCGAUCAGUAAAUGUAGACUAAUGUCCUACAGGAACUUCCCAGCUCUAGGCCUAGGCUACUUUAUGUAGGUCUAUUCACUGCAAAUGGCGUGCUCCACGAGAAGGGUGUAAUUGCGGAUCGCUAUUCUGGGGGUUACUGCAUGUGGUCAUUCUUUCAUCUGCAGGAACCCCUCUUUUUAUAGUUCUAUUGGUCCAUUAUUAAGUUAAGACUGUGAUCGGGGGUGUGGGGGUGUGCCAGUUCAGUAGGGGGGCAGUAAUGAACCAUAACGUUAGAUGCCAACCGCCGAUAAACCCCACCUUCGCCCUGCUUUCUUACAGUUCUGUUAACGACGUCGAGGGCAGGUGUUUGGCAGGCGGGAGAGAAGGACACUGUGCUAGCUAGGACUCCGCUACACAAGGCGGGAGGCAGCGGUAACUGGUUGGUUGGUAGCUAGCUAGGACUCCGCUACACAAGGCGGGAGGCAGCGGUAACUGGUUGGUUGGUAGCUAGCUAGGACUCCGCUACACAAGGCGGGAGGCAGCGGUAACUGGUUGGUUGGUAGCUAGGACUCCGGUAGAGUUUGGUUCGCCCCUCAUCAUAAUUUUAUUUCCCUUUUGACCAACAUUUUAAGCUCAUAGAAUAUCAAGUGGCCCACAGGCAUGAAGAUCAAGGCUAACCUACUUCAUGAAGUGAUUUGUUUGACAAUCAGAUGAAAACCAGUCAUGAUGAUGUGUUCAUGCCACAUUUAAAAGGUCAUACAUUUUGACAGUUAAAUGACAUGUCUUUACACAGAGGAGGUCCCAUGAAGAGAAACAAAGUGCCUCCUUAUUGAAAUCAAAUGCCAGUCCAACUGAUUCAUCCUGGCGCCGGCCCUGAGAGACAGGCAGAGACUUUCAUAGCAGGAAACAACAUAAUGCAUAGGCUAUUACUGUUGACCAGAUAAUGGUUCUAGAACAAUCCACAGGGACGUUGUGUAGCAAAAUAACCCAAAAUGUAUGCAAAAUGAUUUGGUACGAGGAAGGCGGUGUCUGUAAUUUUGGGUUUAUCGUCCCAGCUCUAGUACGUACACACACACACACACACACACACACACUCACUCACUCUGACGCCAGCUGGAAUGGCUCUCCGUCAGAUUUAAGGCAAUCAGGAAGAAUCACCAAAUAUAACCGACUGCUCAGUCCAGCAUCAUCCAUACUGUACCAUUAUCCACCACAAAAUCUGCUUCUAUACUGGUGCACUAUAUAGGGAAUAGUGUGCCAGUUCAGACUGUGCACUAUAUAUCAGUGUUCAGCUCGUCUCUUGCAGCAGUAGCUCUGGUCCAGGGUGUUUUCCCCCCCGGCUUCUCUCCUCACUAUUGGAAGACAACGGUGAGAGAGCAGCUGAAAGACACCCUGCACCAGAGCUACUACAGGGGAUACGGACCGGUACUCGAGAUCUGUUGAUUUCACUGACUGAUUUUCUUUGUAAAUUUGAGCAUGAGAACAAUAAUAAAUAAACUUUUUCUAAAUAGUA